CCCGCUUCAUCAUCCUCCUUGACUUGUCCGCGGAUCGGCUUCGCACGCUUGCCCACCUUUUAUUAAUGCUUGCGGACGCUCUACGUGUUCCACCGGCAUGAAGACAACUGUCACCAAAUCCCCCCGGGUCGAUGCAAUCCGUCGAAUCCCAGGAUCUGAUCUAUCCGAUUCGUGCUCUACGUGAAUCCCGCCAGGGAUCGUGCAUGAUGAUCGCCCCCCCGCCAUCGACGAGGUGAUAUAUAGCUUCCUCUUCCCUUUCGACAUUUCCGUUGUCUCUAAAUCUGUGGACCGUAAACCCGCCCCGAUGGCCACUCUGUUCUGUCUUCCCCCCGAGCUGCUCGUGCACAUUUACGCCCUGGGCGAUGUCAACGAUGCCCUGCAGCUGAGAGGUACCUGUCGACGGCUCCGGGACUUUUUCGAUGAACCUCGAAACGCCGAUGCCAUUCUCCGGGGCAUCAUGCGCCGCUUCUUCGCCACGGUCCAAAUGCAGGAUGACAUUCUACUUCGCGCAAUGCAACUUUUAGCCAGAGAAAUCGUCGGUUCCGAAAGGGAGACCAUUUCCGAUCUCACCUGUCGCUGGUUCACCAUGAAGGCGUUCCGGGCAUACGGUCGCGUGCCGCCCUUCCCAGGCGACCAUCAACUCACCGCGAUGGCGCUGCUGGGGGAGUGUCCCCCAGAAUCCGCCGGGCAGCCACUUUCUUGGGCUGUGAGGGAAUGGCGCGAGCCAGUGGCGAAACUCUUGCUCAAGAAAGGCGCAGACUUGGAGAUGCCUGAUGAGAGUGGGAGACUCCCGCUGGCACGGGCAGCCGGCAAUGGCUCUCACGCAGCCGUCGAACUAUUACUAGAGGCCGGGGCGGAUGUGAACGCUCAGGAUGGCCUUGAACGGACGGCGCUCAUGUGGGCAGCGAUCAAUGCUCAGCUGCCCAUUAUGGAGCUGUUGCUGGACUACGGCGCCCGGCCAGACACGGUGGACCAAACGGGCGCCAAUUUUCUGGCGUACGCUGCUUGGUCCUGCAAUGAUGCUGUAUUUGACUUCGCACUGUCGUGGUGUACCCUCAACGAGUGUCGGGAUGUUAUCCUGCGGCCCGAUCUAGAUGGGGUCACGGCUCUGCAUAUCGCCUGCUCCACACGCUGCAACAUCGAUCUAAUCCGGCGCCUACUUGACGCGGGGGCAGACAUCACAGCAUUGACCGAGCUCGGCGAAAGCCCAUUGAUGGCGUUAUUGAAGACUAGGUUUCCCACAGUCGGCUCUGUAUCGGGCCGCUUUAUGGGGAUCAGCCCCCCUCAGCUGUCGCCACAGGAGAUGAUAGAGAGAAUGGACCUUCUCACCACUCCCGAGCUGCUACUUACCCCGACGUACGGAAAACAACUACCUCUGCACUAUGCCGUCCAGAGGCCUCACCCAAUCCUGACCGAAUAUAUCCUAAACCACGGCGGCCGAGCCGGGUUGAACCACAUGGACAGAGACGAAUCCACUCCACUGAUGAUCGCACUGGACUCCGGAAACGAGAAGGUCGCGGAAUUCCUGAUGCAACAACCGGACAUCGAAUUCCAGGCCCGACCCGGUCUCUCGAACGAGAUGCAUCUGGCGGUGCGAUACUGUGCGCCUCACAUCAUCCGCAUCCUCCUCAACUAUGAGCCGUCUUUUUUGGACAUCCUAGAUGCAGAAGGGAGAACGCCACUUUUCCUCGCGAUUCAAAAGAGCCGCCUGGCCCAUUUCAAGCUCCUUCUGAUGGAAGGGGCAGAUAUCCGAAUCACUUCCUCAGAGGGCGAGGACCUUCUCUCCUACGCCGCUGAAACCGAGCAUGGGCUCCCAUUCUUCGAGCUAUUGGCAGACAGCGACCUGGUCAAAGUCAACGCAGAUGGCAACUCGCCCCUACAUCGCGCCGUGCUCGGGCUUUCCGUCCAAAAAGUCCGCGAUCGGCUCGCAUCUCCGGAUACCGACCUUCACGCACGCAAUCUCGCCGGAAACACCGCUCUCCACCUCGCCGUGCACAACGGCAACCUGCGGACCGUCGACGAGAUUGUCGAAGUUCUGCUAGCAAGUGAGCCAAACGGUGACAGCCCCACCCUCGCCAGCAUCGCCAACUACGGGGGCAAAACGGCGCUGGACUUCGCCCUGGAGAGGGGCCGAAAAGACACCAUCGCGGUGCUCGUGCAGCGGAAAUGGAACGCCACCGUCGGCCUGGAAUGGUCCCCCACCUCCGAGUGGAUCGAGAAAUGGUCCGAGGAAGACUGGUUCCCUGAUCUACUCCACAUCCUCCAACAGUCGGAGCCUCACAUCGAGGCCUUGCAGCAGUCACUAGUAAAGCAAUGGGGUGUCGGUGUCACCGCACACCGAAAAUCGGAGACCUCGGUCCAGCGCAGCGACUAUGACCAUUAUCUUAGCCUGACCAUCCCAACUGACAGCAUCCCCUCCCCUCUCCGCCGAAUCACCUUCACCAUGGUCUCGCACGACCAAGGCUGGAGCAACGACAACCCCGUCAACCUCCGCAACCAAUGCACAUACUUCGGGUCACGAACGUGGUUCGAAAUUGUGGUCGACAACUGCCACCGCUUGGGGGAAGCACUCCCGCGACGUCGAAUCGCGUGCAAUCUCCACGCCUCCAAGAACUACCGGCGCCAGACAGUAGUCUGGACUCUGGAAGACGAGUCCCCAGGCUUACGAGACUGGAUAGAGGCGAUCCAGCCCGGCGAUACGCUGUAUAUGGUUCCUCGUGCGAAGCAAAAUUGUUGGACGAAUCAUGUGAGGGAGAUGACUGUUAGUGUUUACUAUGAGAGGGAGGAGGGGGGGGAGAUGGAAUAGAAUUGCCGGGGGGGGUCCACCUAGAUAUGCUUUACAAUUUUCCUUCUGGGUGUUCUUCAUCGUCCUAUCUAGACGGAUAUUUUCCUAGGAGUUGAGUUCAUUGAGAAUUCGCAAAAGACACUACCUACCCCUACCUAUCUAAUAUAUAUCGAAUCAGUACCAAAUAGAUUCAGUCAGAUACAUAAUAAGA